GACCCUAUGUGACACCAACAGUGUGGGGAAGAUAAACAUGGAACAGUUCGCCCUGGCCUUGUACCUCGUACAACAGAAACUGAAGGGGAUAGAUCCUCCAGCCACCCUCACCCCAGAGAUGAUGCCCUCCUCCAUGCGACCGAAGGGUAGUGCCGACACCACACAGUUUGGUGUUACGGAUGGAGUGAAUGCCGGACCCUAUGGACAUGUGGCUGAUUCUUCAGCCAUCAAAGAACUGGACAUCAUCUCCAAGGAAAUCGAAGACAUGAAGAGAUAA